GCAGGCGCGGGUGGUGCGGGCCGGCCGGGGUGCGCAUGCGCCCUACGCCGUUCCGGCUCUCCAAUGGCGGACGCGUUGUGAAGCGAAGACGAGAGAUUUAUACUAAAGGAAUCCCAUGGUAUAUGGAUAGAGGGCCUUCAGGAAUGAUUUACUCUGCUGCUGUGAUAAAAUUGUAAAGCUAGAAAUGUGAAAGAUGAGUUCCAGAUUCAGUUUUAACUCAAACCAAUACAGAGAAGAUUCAAGAUCUUGAAAAGAAUUUGGACAAUUAAGUGGAUUGGCCAACGAAUAGUGGAUGGAUUUUAGUUGGUUAUUUCUGAGAUGGAAGAAGAUGUCAGUCAGGACGAAGUCAGUAUUCAGAAGGGCACAACAUUAUUGGGAUCUAAUUCUGACAUAACUGAGGAAUCUGAGGCAGAGCAACACGUUUUCCAGCAAUUGGCUUGGAUAGAUGAUGGCGAUUCGGCAUUUGGAAGGAGCGAUCCAAUCACUGUCAUUCCUAUCACGGUACAUAUUACGGAUGGCUCGGGCGCCCAUCAGAAUCCUACGGUACAGGUGUCACAGCAGUCACAGACACGAUCUACUGAGCAGUUCCAACUGAUGGAUCCAAAUGGUCAUCCUAUCCAGUACGAGCUUCAAUCACUGGGGGAUACAAAUGCACGCAUGAUGAUUGUUACUAGCCAGUCGGAGAAUGGCCAGGUGCUCCAUGUGAUUCCAUCCAAUCAGCCUGGCGUUGCACAAGUUCUCAUUCCACAGGGACAGCUUCUUGACAUUACAAGUUCACAUGAUGCAACAGAUGACAAACGGAUAAGUGAUGAACUUCAGACAGUGACUGUAGCUGCAAUAGCAGAUAACACUGGCUAUGUUUUGCACCCACAGUCUUCACUAACUUUGCCCAAAAAGACUACAGUCAGAAUGGUUGAAGACACCUUUUCUGUCCCGUUUCAACCACUGCCACACAAUUCCCCUGCCUGGGCAAGAAGACUUCGGAGCUGUGAGAAAAUUGGAGAUUCUUACCGUGGAUAUUGUGAGAGUGAAACUGAAUUGGAAAAUAUAUUAACGGUCCACAAACAACAAACGCAAAGUGUGUGGGGAACAAGGCAGUCUCCGAGCCCUGCCAAACCUGCCACCAGACUGAUGUGGAAAUCCCAGUAUGUCCCAUAUGAUGGAAUUCCAUUCGUGAACGCAGGAAGUAGGGCCAUUGUCAUGGAAUGCCAAUUUGGACCAAGGCGAAAAGGAGUUCAGCCUAAGAAAACUGAACAGGAGAAUAUCGCAAAUCAACAUUAUAAGGCCACUUGUGCUGCACGAAUCUACAUUAAAAAAGUACGGAAAUUUCCAGAAUACAGGGUUCCCACAGAUCCUAAAAUUGAUAAGAAAGUUAUUCGUCAAGAGCAGGAAAAAGCUUUUAAUAUGCUGAAGAAGAAUGGAUUUGAUCUAGGCGGAGUUGUCAGGUGGUAUGUACAGUUACCUACACCGCAGGCUCAUCAAUAUCAUGAUCAAGAUGGCGCCUAUUUACCACCACCUCCAUUGCCACCCCCCCCAAUAUUUGUCUCUAUUGAAGAGGAGGAUGUUGGUAUGAUGGAUGAAAAUGGGAUCCUUCCUUCUCGUCUGCACCCACGGGUCACUGAUAAGAUUCGAGAACUGGUUGCUCAGGGAAUUGACCAGGUCUACAUGGUCCGGAAGCAGCUCAGGAAGUUUGUGGAAAGGGAACUAUUUAAACCUGACGAUGUUCCUGAGAGACAUAAUCUUUCCUUCUUUCCGACUGUUAACGACAUCAAAAAUCACAUCCACGAAGCACAGUUAGCACAACAGAGAGGAGAGCUGGAGUACACAACUGGAUCAAUGACAGCUGCACUGCAGUGGACAACUUCUAAUGGGAGCCUUCACACAGAGACAGUGACAGUCACACUUGCAUCUGCACCUGGGGAUGAGAGCACCACAGCAGAUUCCAUCAUCACAAAGGUGGAGUCAACCCAGCUAGCAGAUACACUAUCUCCAGAGGCAACAGAGAUUCCUUCUUCAGUCUCCUCAUUGCAACCAAAGCUUUUUGCACAAUUACAGGGUUUACAAUUACAGCCAGCUUUUGCUGCUGUGGACACAGCCACUGCAGUUGUUACAUUGAAUUCCCAUCAACGAGGCACCAGCAGCUCUUCCGCAGUGCUGGAGUCAAGCAGCUCCACUGCACAGCAGCAGGUUUUUAGUCAAGCUCGCUUCUUGCAGCUUAGCAGGUCACUAUCAGAAUGUGACUCUGCAGCUUCAGUGGGCGUGGCAGGAUCCGAACAGAAUAUGGUCCGUAUGGGGCAACUGGUGACAGUAGGAGCAUCGAUCAGUGGAGACACUGGCCUUGAUGGAGGAGUUCACCAGAUCUUGCUAGGAUCUGGGCAGACCAUUCCUGUACAAAUUAUGGAAACCUCAUCACCACCCACACCCAUGACAGUUAUAUUCGCCAAGUGAAAGAGGAGUGUGAAGAUGGGAUUCUGCCUGCACCUGAGCCCCGCAUGCGUGAAAUAGCUAGACCAGGAGACUGAAGAUCUUCAUACACUCCAUGUGUGCAACCAAAGAAUCAGCUGGUACCCAUUGCUCAACAUUAUCCUGGCAUGGGGAGACUCCUGAGCUAUCACGGAACAGGGAAGGUCCUGGUUUCAGACACAGAUCAGGUUAAAGCUUUGCUUCCAUUCAAGUAGCAGGGACAUGUUUGCCUGUUUCACAAGAUUGGAAUUCUAAAAAGAGAAAUUUGUUAAAUGCAUGGACCUCCUGCUCAAUCUUCUCCAGAAUCAAAAGUUGGGGCAGCUGAACAUUUAAAAAAAAAAGGCUGCUUAAAGAAAUCUUAUGUUUUUGAUGGUCAAUAUCCUUUCGUGAAAUAUCAGGAAAUACAGGUAACAGAUUACAUUGUGCAGCUCAGUAUUUACCAACUGGUUUUGGAGCCUGUGCCAGCAACAUGAAUGAUCAUCCUAAGUACUGGUUUCUACUACAAGGCUGCUGCAAUUUGAUUGAAGGUUCUUAUGCUCUCACUGCUCAUCAGUGUUAACUAUUGCUAUUUCUGGUGCUGGUGCCAGAUAUAUGCUGAAAAGACAACAUGAACCUUAAAGGCAUGCCAGAUCUGAUCAGACUAUAAUAUAUUUAUUCUGAAAAUGUUUCAGCAGGCGUUAUCCUGGCAAAUAUGGACCGAUUUUAUAUUGGCUAAUGGUUUGUUUGGUAUUAGAGAUGGAGGCAGAAUUGAAGUCUUUUGUUUUAUUUUCAAAAUUAUACAGAAGAAGCCUCUCAGGAUUACAAUGCAGGCAUCGUGCUGGCAGAGCUUGGAAAUGGGAGGGUUUUCACCGUGGGACUGACAGCCGCCAGUGUGUUACUAUCAGAAGGCAUUCUUCCAAAACCUGUAAUAUGAAUGAAUGUCUUGCAGCAACUUCCUAUGUUCUUGUUCCCUGCCAAUGACAGUCCACAUUAUGUUUUGAAAAACCUGCUCAUAGCAUGAAUAGCAGGGAUCCUAAAAUCUAAAUUAUUAUAUUAACAUUAUUUCUUUUAACAUUUGAUUUAAAGGGAGAUAUGCUGCAUUUGAAGAUUACUCUGAGUUUUUAUACUGUUGGUAGGUGUGGAAGCUUGUGAGAGAAAUGUGGUUCUUCGCCAUGCAUACCGGUGUGAUUACAAUGCUAUGUAAUAAGGAGAUGGCCUCUGGCCAGACUUUGGGUAAAGCCCUUGCAAUCACAUAUUUUACAUUCAGGCCUUCAGUUAUUGAUGAACAACAUAAGUGCAAUCGUGGCAAAAAUACCACCAAAAGUUUUCACAUUUUUUGUGCUGUGGGUCUCUUUAGUGUUGAGAGGCAGAGAAUUACCCCAAGCCUUUAUGUUGGUUAUAUUUGAUGAUAAUUCAUUUCAAUAUCUAAUUAACUCCAAAAAAUUAAAAUGUGUAUUUAUCUUUAGAUGCCACAGGCAAUCAUAUUUAAAAUGUGCCCUUUAUUUUUGGGAAGCCUUAUAGAUCGUCAGAACAGAUACAAACUUUUUUUAAAAGAAAAACAAAUUAAGAUGAGGAAAGUGUGCCUCAUGAGGAGAGGAUUCAAUGUUUGAAUCAGUGAAACAUCUUUGGUGGUAAAACCGAUUCCAUUGCUGUGAAACAAGUAGAAUGAGUUUUUCAGCCAAAGAAGGACCAACUGUUGCUGUGCCUACUUUUUAGCAAGCUAACUGGGAACUGCCAAUAUACUCUAUCCCUAUUUUAAUAUGGGCAUUAGGAGGAUUAAUUGUGUUUUCUGAUUACACAUAUCUACCUGAUAUGAGUCAUUUAAAAAGUACACUUGCUGCAGUGAAGUUUGAUCACAGAUAAUAUUCAGUCAUCAGUGUUUGCAGAAGAUUGCAUUGUUUACAGAAGUAAAAUAAUUCAAAUAAAGCCACUUUUAAAUGUAA